UUAAAAUAAAAAUAUUACUAAAGUCUUCCCUCUUUUCAGUUGUCCAGACUUUGUGGGGACACAUGUAAAAUUAGUGUAAAUUUAAGCCACUUUUUAUAAUUAUCUUGAGAUUUAACAUCAGUAAUUAAAAACGAUGCCUUCUGACGCCAAAAAACGUGAACAACAACGCAAAAAAGAAGCAGCUAAAGCUAGACAGGCCGGUAAAAAAACGGAUAAGGGUAAAACUGAGGAGCAGAUCGAUGCAUCGAAAAUUAAUGGAGUUACUAACGGAGAACAAAAUGGAUCUACAGAAUUAAGUGUUGAAGAGGCAUUAUGUGCAAAGUUAGAAGCAGAUGCGAGACUCAAUGCUGAAGCUCGUGCUUGUACUGGUUCUCUUGCUGUUCAUCCAAAAUCGAGGGACAUUAAAAUAGCAAAUUUUUCCAUAACUUUUCAUGGUUGUGAAAUGUUGCAAGAUGCCAUGUUGGAGCUGAACUGUGGGAGACGCUAUGGUCUCUUGGGUUUAAAUGGUAGUGGGAAAUCAACAAUUUUAGCAGUUCUAGGAAAUAGAGAAGUGCCUAUUCCAGAGCACAUUGAUAUCUUCCAUUUGACAAGAGAAAUGCCUGCUUCGGAUAAGUCUGCUCUUCAGUGUGUCAUGGAAGUGGAUGAAGAACGAAUUAGGUUAGAGAAAAUGGCCGAGGCGCUUGUAGCCUGUGAAGAUGAUGAAUCGCAAGAACAACUUAUGGACAUUUAUGAAAGGCUGGAUGAGAUAUCUGCAGACACGGCUGAAGCAAGAGCAGCAAAUAUUCUACAUGGUCUUGGUUUCACGAGAGAAAUGCAGAGUAAGAAGACGAAAGAUUUUAGCGGAGGUUGGAGAAUGCGUAUUGCUCUUGCCAGAGCCCUAUACGUCAAGCCACAUCUGUUACUUCUUGACGAACCUACUAAUCAUCUGGAUCUUGACGCAUGUGUGUGGCUAGAAGAAGAAUUAAGGAACUACAAGAGAAUUUUGGUAUUAAUUUCUCAUUCUCAAGAUUUUUUGAACGGUGUCUGUACAAAUAUUAUCCACAUUAAUAAAAAGAGGCUUAAAUAUUACACUGGAAAUUACGAUGCAUUUGUAAGAACUAGGAUGGAACUUUUAGAAAAUCAAAUGAAACAAUACAAUUGGGAACAAGAUCAAAUGAACCAUAUGAAGAAUUAUAUUGCCAGAUUUGGACAUGGAUCUGCUAAACUUGCUCGACAAGCCCAAUCUAAAGAAAAAACGCUAGCUAAGAUGGUUGCCCAAGGUUUAACGGAAAAAGUAACUAAUGACAAAAUAGUCACAUUCUAUUUUCCAAGCUGUGGUACGAUUCCACCGCCAGUUAUUAUGGUGCAAAAUGUCAGCUUUAAAUAUACUGACAAAUCUCCUUGGAUUUACAAAAAUUUGGAGUUUGGUAUUGAUCUAGAUACAAGGUUAGCUUUAGUAGGACCUAACGGUGCUGGAAAGAGUACUCUUCUAAAGUUAUUGUAUGGUGAAUUAACACCCACCGAAGGAAUGAUUAGAAAAAAUUCACAUUUACGUAUAGCAAGAUAUCACCAACAUUUACAUGAGCUUUUAGAUUUAGAUCUCUCUCCUUUAGAGUAUAUGAUGAAAGAAUUUCCUGAUGUGAAAGAAAAAGAGGAAAUGAGGAAGAUUAUUGGAAGAUACGGUCUUACUGGAAGACAACAGGUGUGUCCAAUACGACAACUUUCUGACGGUCAGAGAUGUAGAGUGGUGUUUGCAUGGCUUGCUUGGCAAUGUCCUCAUCUACUUUUACUUGAUGAACCCACAAAUCACUUGGAUAUGGAAACUAUCGAUGCCCUUGCUGAUGCUGUAAACGAUUUUGAAGGCGGAAUGGUAUUAGUUAGUCACGACUUCAGAUUAAUUAGCCAGGUUGCAGAAGAGAUAUGGGUAUGUGAAAAAGGUACAUGCACAAAGUGGCAGGGAGAUAUUUUGUCGUACAAGGGCCACUUGAAAUCUAAAAUUUUGAAGGACGCAGCAAAACGAAAAUAGUUUUCAUCCGUAACUUUUUAAUGGGCAAAUUAAUUUCAUUAGAUCUAUUGCAAUGUAACUGGUAAUUAUGCUAGUAUUUUCCAACCAUGUACAUUUUAAAUGAUUAAGUAAUUUAUUUUGCUUUAUUUUUAUUGCUGUUACACUCAAAUUAUGUUUGGUAGAAAUGUAUUUUAAACAAUAGAAGUAUUUGCACUUUUUAGAAUAAUAGAAAUAUAAAUUGUCCAUCCAUUCAUAUUUUUCAAUUGUGUUGGUUCAUUGGAUGAGCAACUAAGGAACAAUUUUAUUUUCCGAUGUCAGAAGCUGGCCGUUGUAUAUUAUUUAAUUGAAUUUUGCGAGAAUUAAUUAAUUACAUUUUCUAUAUUCACAUUUCAAUUUCACAAUUUAAAUUUAUGUGGCUGGCAAUAAAAGAUACAUUGACAUAUUCUUAUAUUAAAUUGGUACACCGGACUGCUACUGACACUAAAUGGCUCCAAGAAAAAAUUUGUGAUAAAAAUAUGUAAAAACUAAAAAAUAAAACACGUAACUAUUA